AUGGCUAAUCUCACCAUGAGCGGCUUUGUUCUCAUGGGGUUUUCUGCCGAGCCUGAGCUAGAAAUCUUAUAUGCAUCCUUGUUCUUAGUUUUUUACUUGCUGUCUUUAACUGGUAACAUCCUCAUUAUCACCACCACUACCAUGGAUGAAAGUCUCAGCUCCCCCAUGUACUUUUUCCUGAAGCAUCUCUCCUUCUUGGAUAUCUGUUAUAUUUCUGUGACUGUACCAAGAUCCGUUUACAACUCUUUCAUGCAGAGUGGAAUUAUUUCCUUCUGGGAAUGCAUAUUACAGUGUUUUGCUUUAAUUGUCUGUAUUUCUGCUGAAUUGGCCAUGCUCACAAUGAUGUCCUAUGACCGCUAUGUGGCCAUCUGCCUUCCACUACACUAUGAUAUCAUUAUGAAUGUCAGAACCUGUGUCCAUGGAGUCAUUGGCAUCUGGAUCAGUGGGGCUAUCUCUGGAGUAAUGCACACUGCAGCUACUUUCUCCAUCCCAAUUAUUCAUCAGUUCUUCUGUGAUGUGCUCCAGAUCCUGAAACUCUCAUGCUCCAAUGAGUAUAUAGGUGAUGUUGCCGUCACUAUCUUCAUAUCUUUUGCUGCAUUUUUCUGUGUCAUCUUUAUUGGCUUCUCUUACACACACAUAUUUUCCUCUGUGCUAAGGAUGCCAUCUGCAGAAGGCAGAGCCAAGGCCUUUUCCACUUGCCUCCCCCACCUUGCUGUUGUCAUAUUAUUCCUGACCACGUCUUCCUUUGAAUUUUUAAAACCUCGUUCAGAAUCUUCAACUGCAUUGGACAUUUUGCUUACUGUUCUUUAUACAAUUGUCCCCCCAACUUUUAAUCCAGUUAUAUAUAGCCUGAGAAAUAAAGCCAUUAAGAAGGCUCUAAGAAAGUUAUUUCAAAGAAUAAAAGCAUACCUUAUUUGUUAA